UUGCCCCAGGACAACGCCCUCUCGUCUUAACUACUCUUGCGAUAAGGCUGUAGGAGUGACUGAGUGGCUGAGUGCAGGAGACGAUACAGAAAGGAAGGGGAACGUAGUAGUGGUGAGGUUACCGAGACCCCAAAGAGAGGUUAACUUGAUUAUACUCUUACGAUAAAGCUUUUGGAGUGACUGAAUUGAGAGGGCAGAAGACGCAUAAGAGUGCAGGAGAGACGCAGAAAGGAAGGAAAACGCAAUUGUGGUGAGGUUACCGAGACCCCAAAGAGAGGUUAACUUGCCCCAUCACAGCGCCCUCUCGUCUUGAUUACUCUUACGAUAAAGUUUUUUAGAGUAUCUGAGUGGCAAGGGCGGAAGAAGACGCAUAAGAGUGCAGGAGAGACGCAGAAAGGAAGGAAAACGCAAUUGUGGUGAGGUUACCGAGACCCAAAAGAGAGGUUAACUUGCCCCAUCUCAACGCCCUCUCGUCUUGACAACUCUUGCGAUGAAGUUCUAAGAGUGACCGAGUGGCAGGUGCAAGAGACGACACAAAGAGGAAGCCUGGUCCUUCCUUGGCCCCGAGUGUGCCCGUGAGACGAGACCCUGGGCGAGGCAGGGGAGAGGCUGGCAGGGGCCCUAGAGGGAGUCCUGCAGGAGGAGGCAGGGUAGAGGCAGAGGCAGGCCCGUGAGCUCCUACCCCCUGUCCUUACACCAGGCACUCAGGACACCACUGCAAGAUUAUGCAGCAAGACGACGGCCACUGGUACUCAGCAUUCCAGACGUUGUGAAAGGCUUCCCGAAAUAGCCUCGUCAGUGUGUUGUGUUGUGUUGUGCUGCGUGGUGUUGUGUUGUGAGGAGCAGACAAGUGACCACCGCUGGGGCAUGGAGUCAGGUGUGGCCAGUGCCUCAGUGUGUGUUGGUGAUGUGUGACAGUGCUGUUCUCUCACCGUGAUAAGACCAUGUGUUCCUGUGGACAGAGGCGUAAGACUAUAAGCCCACCCUGCUGCAUCGGUGCACCGUGUUGGUGACGCACACACCGUAUGUAAGGCAGCCAAGUGUUUGCCACACAGCUGCACGGCCGCCUCACUCAGCCUGCUGAGGUGCUGUGCUGAAUUGGUUGCCUUCUCACCCCCUGCUAUCACCAGCACCACCACCACUACUGUCACCGCCACUGCCACACCAGUGGUGCCACCGCUGCCAUCAUGCAGAGCGCCAGUGACAUUAUGUAUGUGUACAUGGCACGCCAAGGGUGUCGGGGUGCCAGCCCCAGUGAGCCCGGCAUGGAGAUGAAUGAUGUGAUCCACGUGUCGGCUGACUACCUCCACCAGCAGAAGAUGGCACCGGAAUCCCCCAACGGCUGGCUGCUGGGCACCAACAUACGCACCCGCCAGGAGGGCUACUUCCCAGGCUACUUUUUGAUGCUGAAUGGCACGCGCCGCCGCAGCAACGCACACCCUGAACCCAAGCCACCACUCCCCAGCGACUCACAGCCCUACGUGAACUUUGGAGUGGUCGCCGGCACUGACUCAUCCCCGGCUCCAUAUGGUGAGUUCCGUGAGACAUCGGCAGGCCGCUGUGAAUCCCGCGGGCGUCGGGUGGGCUACGCGAACCUGCCGGCGCCGCCCCCGGAGCUCCAACACCACCAGCACUGCCUCAUCACCGUCUUCUACAUCACGCCGGUCCUCUGCAGCCACUGCGAACGUUCUGUCAGUCCCCGCCUCCCCCCUCCUCUCCCCAAGACCCCCUAGACUCCUCACCUGGCUGGGCUUAGUGAGUCAGACGGGCUUAUCACGGCCUAUCACCUUCCCUCCACGCCUUAUCACCGCCGCCGCCGCCUCGGGUUGUGUUGGUUACUAGACGCGACCGCUUGUUGUUGUUCCUCGCCGCCGCCGCCUCCUUGUGCACGCGCCGACACGGAGAACUCUGAUGCGCCGCCGGCUUGUGUUCCCUCUCCGUCUUGUGAGUCACGCCGCUUCGGGGAAACUGAUGACGGCCUGGCGGAACGCGCGGCCACUGUUGGAUUAAACGGUUCACUGCGACACGCGUUAUUGGGGGCACUUUCUACUACUACUACUACUACUACUACUACAACAUCCAUCAAUCUAUGUUACGUGUUUGAAUAGUGUAGGAGUUGCUUUGUUUAUGCUGUGUUAUGCCUAUGCUGUAUGCUGUGUGUUAUUUAUGCUCCUGUAAGACCACCAAAACACUAAUUAAUGUGAGAUAUAUAUAUAGGUAGGGAUAGAGGAGGAGAAGGGGAAGGAAAAUAUACACUUCUACUACUACUGCUACAACUUCUACUACUACUACUACUACUACUACUACUACUACUACUACUACUACUACUACUAUUGAAAUCCAUGAAAGGGCGUAAGGGAAAAUGAAAAACUGAUAUAGACCCAAACAGCUUGGUCUUGUUUUGUCCUUGAAGCGUCCUGUACCGCAAAGAAAAACAAUAUAUACUGUACAGUGUUUUUCGGUAUAUAAGACGCACCGAAAUAAAAGAUAAACCUCAAAUUUUAAUGGUCUUUUUAUUCUGAUUUGGGGUAUUUUUUUCAUGGUGUUGCUUUGUCGUCGAACCGUCCUGCAGCGUGAAAAAAAUAAUCGUGUUUUUUGGGGGCAUGUUAGACGCAGUGUUGAAAGGUGUUUGGUUGGGUUAAUAGGGAUUGGGGUUGGUUUAGUGAGGUUAGAUUCUGUUUGUGCCCAAAUAGAAGAUAAACCUCUAACCUUAAUGCCGGCCUAAUUUUUUUUUACGUCAAAUACGAAAACUUAAAAAAAACACCUUGUCUAUGCACAGGUAAUUAAGCGGAGUACUUAUUUGUGUGUGUGAGACGCGGCUUUGUUUGAGACGCACCCUUCCUUUUAAUUAAUCCGUGUACUGUUUUGUUAUCUCUCACGGCUAGGGGGCUUCGUGGUGCAGUGGUUAGCACACUCGUCACACAACCGAGAGAGCCCGGGUUCGAUUCCAGGGCGGAGUGGAAAACUUUGGGCGGCUUUUCCGAUACCCUACGCCCCUGUCCACCCAGCAGUGAAUGGGUACCAGGUAUUAAUCGGGGGUUGUGUCCCGUCUCCUGGGGUCUAUUCCCUUCUAUAAUUCCUUCCCCUUCUGUCUCUCUCCGGCAUAUGACCACAGAUGUUGCGCCGACUAAACAAAACUUUCCAACUUUCGGUCACAGCUGGCGGGAGUAAUCAAGAUAGGUCACCCUUUGCGCCACACUAAAUUAUAUAUAAACAACAUUUUCUUAUAUAUAUUCGAGGCACUUUUUUGUUGUUGUUCAAGAUACGCCUUUGUUUUGCUAUGUUGUCUCUUAUUUGUUUUUAUAUCCGUGUUACGUCGAGUACGAAUAUAUUUUUGCUAAUGGCGUCGUCGAAAAACUAUUGCAGGCGUUAUUAUGUACAUUUCUGUGUGUGUAUAUGAGCUGCUUUUUUGUUUCAAGAUGGACCUUUGCUUUGAAGUCUGUCUUGUCUGCUUUUAUUUGUUUUUAUAUCCGUGUCACGCCAAGUUCGAAUAUAUAUUUAUUUUUCCUUUUUUCUUUGGCGUUGGUCGGAAAACUCGGCACCUCAUUGAAGGCGGGCAAUAAAAAGCUUAUCUCUCGCAUUUUUUUUAACCUGCAUUGACUGAGCGUGUAAAAGUGCGUGUCCUUUGCCUCUUGUUUGACCUUUGCAGCGAGUGUACAUCUAUCCGAGUGGCUGGUAAGCUGUGACGGGCCCUUGCAUUGGGGGUGGUUUUAUGACCCUGGUGUUAGUAUGACAAAGCUUCUGUACCAUUAACGUGAUGAAACACUCUUGAGAACCCGAUUAAUCUCCUUGUGGAUACGUUUGACAAAGCUUUCCUGGGAGUUCUGGGGUCAUUUCCAUGGGUAUCAGGACACCUCUCCUCCCGAAAUUGACCUCUCUCUUUGGCCACUCCUUUGACCUCUAUUCAGGAGCAGCAAGUAGCGGGCUUUUUUUUUUUUAAUAUCUGUCUUUACGCCCUUGAACUGUCUCCUUUGCUGUAAAAAAAAAAAAAACUCAUAAAACCUUUCUUUUUGUGGUGGUAGUGAUGGCAGUGUUGAAGGUAAGGGUGGUGAUGGUAGCAGUGGGGCUGGGGAAGGGAAGAAUAGUGGUUAAAUAGUGGUAGUCUAAUAACCUCAUAAAACCUUUCUUCUUGUGGUAGCAGUGAUGGCAGUGUUGAAGGUAAUGGUGGUGAUGGUAGCUGUGGGGCUGGGGAAAGCAAGGAUAGUGGUAGUUAGCGAGCUUUUUUUAGCGAGCUUUUUUUAGCGAGCUUUUUUUAGCGGGCUUUUUUUUUUUUUUUUUUGGUACUCUCUUUGUUGCCCUUGAGCCGUGUCCUUAGAUGUAGUUUGGCGAAGGUUCUGUAUGCCAUGAACGUGGAAACAACACUCAUGAGAACCCGUUUAAUCUACUCUUCGGCCUUUGGAAACAGUUGAUGUGAGAGGUGGACCGUGGAAGCGCCUGAGAGUGCCUCGUGUGGCUCUCCAAACGCACGGACCGACGCAACAUAAACUCAGGUUGCUCCGUGUACAAAGACGAUCUGAUUCACCGAACGCUUAUCUUCCUAUCAGCCGCUACAUUGUGUUAUUAGUGGUGAUAUUAGCGAGUCUCCAGAUAGACCAGAAGACACUCAACACGCGACGAACACCGGCAAACACUGACAAAGCAAAGAGUGUGGCUCCUCCGUAGACGAAGAGGAUGUGAUUCACUGAUAACUUAUCUUCGUAUUAGUCGCUACCUGCUGUUAUUAGUGACGGUGUUAGUGAACCUUAAGACGCCCAACCGACUUAUCUGUUACAUUGUGUUCGAACAUGAGGAAUACCAAGAGAAUAGAGAAGGUUGUUGUGUUAGGUUCCUUGUCCCAUUAUCGUAUCAAGUCAGGUUAUAGAAAUACUACCAAGAUUAAAACCUGGUAGCAGCGGGGAUCAUGUUUCUUAAUGGUCCCUCUAAGCGAGAAAAAUGAGAAAAAAUCACCCCUCACACAAACCAUUUCAUAAUAUAUAUCAAAGCAUUUGUGAUCAGAUUAUGUAUCAUCUAUUUUUUGGGGGUUAAAUCAUGGCACAAAUUUGACCCGUCGCUGCUACACGGUAAAGCCACAAAUUUGGCCCGUCGCUGCUACACGGUAAAGCCACAAAUUUGGCCCGUCGCUGCUACACGGUAAAGCCACAAAUUUGGCCCGUCGCUGCUACACGGUAAAGCCACAAAUUUGGCCCGUCGCUGCUACCGGGUUAAGAGAACUGAGAAGGUUAUUGUGUUAAGUUCCUUGUUCCUUUGUCGUAUUAAGUCAUGUUAUAGGAAUACUACCAUUAUUAAGAGAACUGAGGUUAUUGUGUUAGCUUCCUUGUCUCUCUAUCGUUUUAAGUUAUAGUAGUAGCCAGCGAUUAAUAUAUACUCAACUAAUCUAUUACAUUCUCUUCGAACAUAAGGAAUGCUACCAGAUUUGGAUUGGUGAUUUGGUGUGGUUCUGGAUGGAUUGUGUUAGGUUUAGUUAGUCAAGGACACCUCUCCUCCCGU